AUGUGCGUCAGCAAUGCUUUUCUUGGCGCACUUCCCGUCUGCGCCGAAUUGGCGCCUUUUUUCCUGAGUGUUACGUAAUUGUAGCAAUUCUGAAACUGGUGGACGUGUUGCAACCAGCCUUCACAUUUAGAAGUACUUCAAGUAAGAGCUGGAGACAUUGGAUUUCCAACAUUUGAGAAGAGUUGGUUGCAAAAUGUGCACAAGUUAGAAACUCACGUUGUAAUCGACGCUCUACGGGCAUGUGACACAAUUGGGAGAGGUCAGAAUGUGACUAGGUUCACACGCACGUAUACAAAACGACAAUAGUUUUCCUUCUCGAUUAUUGCUUACUUUCCUAGCUACUGUCGGAUCGGUACUCAAAGAGAGUCUUCUCCGAAGACCGAAAUCCGGUUUCUGCGCGAGCAACAAGAAGAAGGCUUCUGUGCUGGGUUUGGCCAAAUUGACCACGUCUGCUCCGCCAUCUUCGGAUGUAUAUCAUCAUCAUCGUCAUGAGGAUGACGUUAAGGACGUCAAGCCAUUCCUUGCUCUUGUCAAAAAAGAGCCUCGUGAAACCACUGUUGGUCAGACUGUGAAGCCGGUGCGCUUGACCAUCAACGUAAUGAGCAAUGUGCCUGUAAUAAGUAGAAUAUAUUCGAGUUUAGGGUAAGCGCAUUGGUCGUCCACCAGGCACCUACAAGAGACCGCAGAUUGUCGUGAAGAAGGAAGUCGUUUCGAACGAUCCGAAGGUCCAUGACUGCAAGUGGGGCAUUUGUGACAGGAGCUUCGUCGACGAAAAUGUGAGCUUUUUUCGAUUAUCAUUUCAGUUAGCAUUAUCAUUUAGUUGUAAACCAAAAUUUGUGUUCAGUUGUUCUACGAACACGUCGAAAAACACGUGGAUGCGAUGAUCCGAGGACCAGAGCUUCCGCCGUACAUAUGUCGCUGGGCCGAAUGUGUUCAUCACGGUAGCUCAGCCCGAUACCUGCUGAUGACGCACAUGCGUCGUCACACCGGUAUGAAACCGAAUGUGUGCGAGGUGAGCACCACGAUCAGCUCUUUUUUGAAUCUGACUAUUUUUGUUAUUAGUGGCCCGACUGCAAUAAGAGGUACAGUCGUCUCGAAAACUUGAAAACGCAUCGCCGUCUUCACACUGGCGAGAAGCCGUACCACUGUCGUUUUCCGAGCUGCGAGAAGACGUUCACUAAUGCUUCGGAUUGCUCGAAGCAUCAGAAUCGUGUUCACAAUAGCGAUGUAAUCAAGUCCAUCUCUUUUAAAAACUCAGGAAAAGUUAGCUUACCUUACAGAAGCCUUUUACAUGCAUCUAUCCGGAGUGCACCAAGCGCUACACGGAUCCAUCCAGCCUCCGUAAGCACGUUAAAGGAGUUCACGCGGAUUUCGAAGAGGCAACUGCUCAUAUUCCGAAGCCGGAACGUCGUCGCAUCUAUCAAAAGUACUCAGCUCAGCAAGCACAGGUAAGAAAAAUUGAUUCCAGUGGAAUAUUUUGAGACAUGAAUGAUGUUUUGCAGGCGUCUCAGCAGUCGCCGCUGGCAUUGGCUCAAGCUCUUGCUGCAGCUCAUCAAAAAGCGAUGCAGUUUCAGCACAUGCAGCAGAUGUUGCAAGCGCAACAAGCUCAUCAAAUGUAUAUGGCCAAUGUUCAGCAGGCCGUUGCGCUCAACUGGGCGCUCCGCAACUCGGUCGGUCUGAACCAGUUCCAACCAACAAUGCCGACUCAUCCGCUUCUUGCUGCCUCGAUGAUGCCAUUCUCGCAGAUCCCGCAGCUUCCGAACUUCAGUCAUCUUCCGAUGGGAGCUCUGUCACAGCAGGAGGGAGCUAUCAGCAAGGAUGCCGAUGAUGACGUCCAAUUCCUCAACUUCGUGACCCGCCUCUAA